GGCUACAGCAGCACGCUCCCUGCCGGGUGGGCGGGCACGUGUCCCACGACAAGCGACUUCGCAUGCAACAAGAAGAUCAUCGGUGGGGGGGUGUUUCACGCGGGGUUUAAGAGCAGGUAUAGCGACGGCCUCAACCUCACCCUCAACUGGCUGUCCCCGCGGGAUUCUGAUGGCCAUGGCACUUGGUGUGCCGGAGCGGCAGCGGGCAACAGCGGCGUGAGUCUGCCUGGCUGGGGCACGGUCAGUGGCGUGGCUGCCAAGGCACGCCUGGCCGUCUACAAAGUGUUCUGGCGCAUGCAUAAUUACGACAUACGCGCUUCAGAAACAGACAUCUUUGCUGCCGUUGAUCGGGCCGUGGCGGACGGUGUGGAUGUGCUGACCCUGUCGCUGGAUGACUCGUAUAGAGGCGUUAGCGGCAACGGCAACGGCACCGGACCCUACUUUGACGAUGUGCCUUUCCUUGGCGCCCUUGCG